GUCCCACAGAGACAAACCCAGGGUCAUCCUCCGAACCCUCUUUUGGUUCGAGCCUGUGCCAUUAUAACAUCCCCACGGCGAGUCUUGCAAAUUGGGUUAUACGCGUUGGCUCAGAGAACCACUGCCUCCCUUCCCCAGCCGUCUCUUUAGCAUCCCUCCUCCAGCUCCUUGCAAAAUUAAAACAAACCCGGAAAGAUCGGGCAGCUGGCUGGUUUCCUCAGUGCCUUUCCCGGUUGGUUUCACGGGAGUUUCCCUCCCGGCGUGUUGCGAUUGUUAGGGCAAAAUUAUUGAGAGAAGUAGCCUUGCACGGUUACUAUAUAUAACCGAAGGGAAGGGAAGGGAUUUGCACUGAGUCUCUGGAAAGAGUUUCUUUAGCAACCUGGGAAGAAGGUGGCGGGGCUGAUGUGCCAAGCCCUUCAAAAGCGAGGGAGAGAGUGAGUCUUUUCUUCCUGCCCACCCGAUCUCCCCCCUCCUCCUCCUCCCGAAUCGCAUUAGAUCCUCCCCUCCAGCUCCCUAAAUCAGCUCUGCCGCUAUAUCUAUCAGGAUAGACCAGCCUCCUCCUGUAGUUCUCUCUGCGCCUCGCUUCUUCUCCAGAACCACCUGGCUCGCUCGGUCUUGGGUUGCUGUGGUUUUUACUCACAGAGCCAGCCUCUCUUCGUCUCCGUCUCUUUGGAUGAAUAUAAUCUCGUCCACCUACUUUUUGCCUUAAAGGAUCAGCUUUAAAAUCUCCGCUUCUCUGACUCUGAGCGCCUGCCCGCCUGCCUCCCCAUAACUCUUCCUUUGCAUUUGUCCGGUCUCCCUUUCUUUUUUAUUUUCACAUCCAUUCAUUGUUUCCUGGGCUCUGUGGCACGCACGCACGCGUCCGUCCGGCACACCGCUUGCCCGGUGGUUCGUUGUUGCUUGGCUCUCCCUUCUCUCUCAGCGCCGCUAAGGAAGCUCCGGCGGAUGCCACCGUCCCGCUGUGGACACCCCCACGCCACGCCGCCCAUCGCUGUCCAUCACCGCCGUUCUGAAGCGCAUCCAAACCUCUGGAACUACCAUGGGAUGCGCGCUCGCCUCGUGGAACCGCUUGCUGCCCAGACACCUCGCCUCCUGAAAUUCCACCCGGUGUUAAGGGACAGCUAAGAGAAUGAAGACUCUAAGUCCCCAGCGGAAGCAUGAUAUGGCGAUGCAGUGCUGGUGCUGAAUUGUUCUCUCUGAUGGCUCUAUGGGAGUGGAUAGCCCUGAGUCUUCAUUGCUGGGUUUUAAUGGUCGCUGCUGCUUCGGAUCAGCAUGCCACAAGCCCCUUCGACUGGCUCCUUUCAGAUAAGGGACCCUUCCACCGCUCUCCGGAAUACACAGAUUUCGUGGACAGAAGCCGACAGGGAUUUAGCACAAGAUACAAGAUUUACAGGGAAUUUGGCCGUUGGAAAGUAAAUAACUUAGCCGUCGAGAGAAAGAAUUUUCUUGGCUCCCCACUGCCUCUCGCCCCUGAAUUUUUCCGGAACAUAAGACUAUUAGGACGUAGGCCGACUCUUCAGCAGAUCACAGACAAUCUUAUCAAGAAAUAUGGGACACACUUCUUGCUGUCAGCUACCCUGGGAGGAGAGGAGUCACUCACCAUUUUUGUGGACAAGCGGAAGCUGAGUAAGAGAUCGGAAGCAAGUGAUCCCAGCAUUAACAGUACCACAGUGACACUGGAAACCCUACACCAACUGGCAGCCUCGUACUUCAUUGACCGGGACAGCACCCUGAGAAGACUCCACCAUAUUCAGAUUGCCUCCACUGCCAUAAAGGUAACAGAAACCCGGACUGGUCCUCUUGGCUGCAGUAACUAUGACAACCUAGAUUCUGUCAGUUCUGUUCUGGUACAGAGUCCGGAAAAUAAGAUUCAGUUGCAAGGUCUUCAGCUGAUCCUUCCUGACUACUUGCAGGAGCGGUUUGUGCAGGCAGCUCUGAGCUAUAUUGCUUGCAACUCAGAAGGGGAAUUUAUCUGCAAGGACAACGACUGCUGGUGUCAGUGUGGGCCCAAAUUCCCAGAAUGCAACUGUCCCUAUAUGGAUAUUCAAGCUAUGGAAGAGAACCUGCUUCGCAUCAGCGAGACCUGGAAUACUUACAAUAGCGAGUUUGAAGACUCAGAUGAAUUCAAGUUCUUUAUGAAAAGGCUGCCCAUGAACUAUUUCCUCAACACGUCAGCCAUUAUGCACUUGUGGACAAUGGACUCAAAUUUCCAGCAUCGCUAUGAGCAACUGGAAACCAGCACGAAACAGCUGUUCCUCAAGGCGCAGAAAAUUGUCCACAAGCUCUUUAGCCUUAGUAAGAGGUGCCAUAAACAGCCACUCAUCAGCUUGCCGAGGCAAAGGUCUUCUACCUACUGGCUGAACCGCAUCCAGUCCUUUCUUUACUGCAAUGAGAAUGGCCUCCUGGGCAGCUUUUCUGAAGAGACUCACUCAUGCACAUGCCCAAAUGACCAGGUCGCCUGCCUUGGCUCCUUGCCCUGCGCUGUGGGAGAUGGUUCUGCCUGCUUAUCCUGCGCCCCUGACAACCGUACCCGCUGUGGGACUUGUAACACUGGGUAUAUGCUGAGCCAAGGCCUUUGCAAGCCUGAGGUGGCAGACUCAACGGAGCACUACAUUGGGUUUGAGACAGACCUCCAAGAUCUGGAGAUGAAGUAUUUAUUGCAGAAAACGGACCGCCGGAUUGAGGUCCAUGCAAUCUUCAUCAGCAACGACAUGCGUCUCAAUAGCUGGUUUGACCCUUCCUGGCGCAAAAGGAUGCUCCUUACUCUGAAGAGCAACAAGUACAAAUCCAGCCUGGUCCAUAUGAUCUUGGGUCUCUCUCUCCAAAUUUGCCUAACAAAGAACAGCACCUUGGAGCCUGUCCUGGCCGUUUACGUCAACCCUUUUGGAGGCAGCCACUCCGAGAGUUGGUUUAUGCCUGUCAAUGAAAACAGUUUCCCAGACUGGGAGCGGACUAAACUGGACUUACCGCUUCAGUGUUAUAACUGGACGCUGACUCUAGGCAACAAGUGGAAGACCUUUUUUGAAACGGUCCACAUCUACUUGAGGAGUCGUAUUAAGUCGAAUGGUCCCAAUGGCAAUGAGAGCAUCUAUUAUGAACCGCUGGAGUUUAUCGAUCCCUCCCGGAACCUGGGCUACAUGAAAAUCAACAACAUCCAAGUGUUCGGCUACAGCAUGCACUUUGACCCGGAAGCAAUCCGGGACCUGAUUUUGCAGUUGGACUACCCUUAUACUCAGGGAUCCCAGGAUUCUGCUCUCUUGCAACUUCUAGAGAUAAGGGACCGUGUAAAUAAACUCUCUCCACCCGGCCAACGUCGUCUAGACCUUUUCUCAUGCCUGCUGCGUCAUAGACUCAAGCUGUCUACCAGCGAGGUGGUGAGAAUUCAAUCUGCUUUGCAGGCCUUCAAUGCCAAAUUGCCAAACACAGUGGAUUAUGACACAACCAAAUUAUGUAGUUAACCAUAAGUGUGAAGCACAACAGAAAAAAUAAAAACCAUGACGGAGUUUUUACAGUGCUUUUGUGGAACAGUUUAUGUUUGGAAGAGUACAUUUAAAUUGUCUUUUCAAUAUCUGUCUUAUAUCAGUCAAUAACGUUGGAUGGCAAUUUACACCCAUGAACUCGCUGACAAAUGAAUAUAUUAUACCUGCAAAUUUUUUUUGGCUUUGUUUUAUGAAUGAAAAUAAAUACUGACACCAGUCUAGGAGACAUUCUACUUUUUACAAUAAAUUUCAUUUGUAAUUUUA